CAGAGAACGAAGUCACGGGUGUUCACUUCAUACCAUUGCGUUACUCUGAAUUGAUAGCAGUGAACUCAAGAAAUCGGUCACGAUUCAGCCGGUGCGAAGAAGAGAAGAGGAAGAGAUGGAGCGGCCGUGAAGGAAAAAUCCGAUUCCGAUUGAACCAUGAUUUUGUGCGGAAGGCAUCGUUAAUAGUUGUGCUGUAAGAACCUAGACCGUGUACGGCACGACUCAAAGGGACAAUGAGGGGGAUGCUUUCCUCGCCAGCGGCUUUGUCCUUGAUGCUGCCGUCGACAACGCGACGAUCGGUUCAUUCGUUUCAAAAUCGUUUGGUUCGCUACUGCGUUUUGCGGAUGCAGCAGCACCAAGGCCCGAGGAUUGCCCUUCCGUUCUUCUUCCACGGACCUUUGGGACAACGCACCCCGGCCACCCUAACGACGGGAUCAACAACAACAACAACAACAACAGCAGCAGCGGAAAUCAGAGCCGCGAACGGCACGGGACCUCCGCCCGGCCCGUUUCGCCGGGGUGCCUUCCACCUCCAGAGUAGAGCCGUCCCGAGCGAAUGGCGGAGGGGAGCCCGCAGCAGCGCUUCAACCGCAGCGACUGCGAAAACGACAGCCACCUCGAUUGAAUUAAAGUGGCGCGGCAUGACGGACCGAAUCCUGGGGUUGCCGGUGGGGACCUUCGACCAGGGGAGAUGGAACGAAGCCAUUACCGUGCUGACCUACUGGUUCGGCAACGGCGGGGCAAACCACGGCAUUGCUGGGGAGGACGGCCGCCGAAGCAUCCACCAAAACCGAACGGCCGAUUCCAUUCGGAUCGAAACCUGCUGGAAGAUUCUCGAUCGGCUCGACCGGGAAUUGGCCGGGGAAGAAGAGCAGCAGCAGCAGCAGCAGCAACCACCACACCACAAUCGGUCAGCGAGCAAUAGAAAGAACCACCAGCGACUGCCACCGGUGUUGUCCACGACGGACGUGCUCAAUCCGAUCCUCGUCUUGUGGCGAGACGACUUUGUCGAGCACCACCGUGACAGAGAGUCCCACCGCGGGCGUCGGCGGUCGUCCCCGAGCCUCCCCUCCGAGGUGGCGCGGAAGCUUCGCCGAUACGAGGGCCGGAACCUCGUUCGGAUGGAUACGGCCACCCACGCCAUUGUCCUGGACGCCGCCGGCAAGUAUUCGUCGUCGGCGAUGGAUGGCAGCACGCGGAGCGGGACCAAGGGAAGCCUUGCCGACGAAGAACCUUCUGCGGGAGGCAAUCGCAACCUCAAACACCGCGAGGAGUGGCACGACAGCCGCCACAACCAGGGCGUCUUGUUUGCCGAUCGGUACCUCCGGGAUUGGAUCAACGACUACAAGAGAACCGCCGGUUCCCGGUCUUCCGAGCGAGACGCCCGCGUGGGGGGCCCGGCCCAGCCGGACGUCGUGGCACUCGGCACGGUGGUUCACGCAUGGGUAGAAUCGGGACUGCCCGGCGCCGCGGUGAGAGCGGAAGCGUGGCUGAAAACAUGGGACGACUUUUGGCAAGAGCAGGAGAACCAGGGGGGCUUGGCCGGGCCCGAAUCCGAAUCCAAACACCUGGGAGUGCACCACCAGCAAUCCAAGCGAAACCUGUAUACCUUUGUUCUUCUGGCGUGGGCCCGUUCCGGGAAUCCCGCAAAGGCUCGGGCAUGGAUCGAUCGAAUGAUCCGGGAGGGGGAAUAUCCCGAUGUCCGGUCUUUCAACUGCCUCCUAAUGGCGUACCAAAACGCGGCACCGGAACAGGGCAAGCGAGAUGCGAGCGGCAAUCGCAACCGCGCAUCAAAACACAAUGCCGAGUGUGCCGAAGACGUCUUGCGGCACAUGCAACGGCUCUAUCACGACAAGGACGGCUUUCUUUCCGAGCCCCCGAACGUGGCUUCGUACAAUAUCGUGAUAGAUGCAUGGACCAAGCGAGCGGGAAGUGGUUCGUCUUCCUUCCGCGCGAAGGGAAAGAGGGAGCGACCCAUCGAUGCCGCCCGUCGGGCACACGACUGGAUGGAACAAAUGAAACUCGCGGGGAUUCCUCCGAACACCAUUACCUACAACACCGUCAUUACCGCCUUCAGCAGAGCGGGAGAACCGCUGCAAUCCGAAAAACUUUUAGAGGAAAUGAUCACCGCACACCAAAACGACUGUCGAGGCAAUCUUACGCCGCAAACAUCGAACUUCCUCGACGGCAAGGACUCCGGUGAUACCGACGACGCGAGAAACGACGUUUUCUUCGACGAAACCGCGAGCACAACUACUACCAAACCCGAUGUGCAGAGUUUUACGUCCGUCCUGGCGGGAUGGGCACGGGUGGGGACCUUCGAAGCCGCCGAGCGAGCCGAAGAGCUGCUCCGAACGAUGCAGCGGCCGGAUGUCGGCAUUCGACCCAACGUCGAAAGCUUUGGUGCUUGCAUCCAUGGCUGGGCCCGUGUCGCUUCGGGAACCCACCCGCGUGGGAGCCGAGAGCAUAAAAGGCACAUUGCGUCUGGAAAACAGCAACAAGCAGAAGCGGUAAAGCGCGCCGAGGCCCUCUUCCACGAAAUGAGGGAGGAGCACAACAUCCAACCGGAUGUUUAUUCGUACACGGGCCUUGUCAACGCGUACGGGAGGAGCGGUCGCGCCGAGACCGCCCACAAAUUUCUGGAAGCCUGCCUCGGUGAAUACGAUCGCACGAAGGACCCACGAAUGAAACCGACGGUUGUUACCUUCACGGCCAUCCUAAACGCGUGGUCUAAGGCCUCCAGGGAUCCGCUUGCUGCCGAAAGGGCCCACCAGCUUCUGCGCCGGAUGAAGAAUGACUACGGAAUCCAACCCAACGCCUUUAGCUAUUCCGCCGUCCUCGAUGCGUAUGCACGAUCCGACCAACCAGACGCCGCAGACAAAGCCCUCCGCUUGUUCCGUGACAUGCGCAAGGUUUCUGGUUUGGAACCCAAUGCAUACACCUGUACAAACGUCCUCAAGGCAAUCGCCCGAGGGGGAAGAGUGGAAGAAGCAGAGGAACUGCUGAGCGAACUCAUUCACGACGAGCGCACAAGAGCCAGGCUCGGUGCACACGCUUUUUCUUCGGUCCUGUACGGCUGGUCCAAGUCGAAGCGGACCGAUGCACCGAUUCGUGCCGAAGCACUGCUGAUCCGGAUGCAAGAACUCCAUCGGAACCGGUUGAUCGACGAGCCUCCCAAUGCGAUUUGCUGCAACAGCGUAUUGGCGUGCUGGGCCCGUUCCGGACUCCCCGGUGCCGCCCAGCGUGCAGAAGAUUUGCUGCGAAGCAUCAGCGAAGAGCAAGAGUGCAAGAAGAAAGAUCCUGAUGGUGAUGAUUCACAAGACUUCCCCACGAUCCGACCCAAUCGCAUCAUGUACAACACGGUGAUCAAUGCCUGGGCCAACGAAGGAAACGCAGCCAGAGCAAAUAACUUGUACGAGGAAUUUCUCGAAAGAUCGAAAUCAGAGGCAGGCCUCGCUCCUCCCGAUGAAUGGACGUAUCGAGCCUUGUGGAAGGCAACCAUAAAAACCAGUCAAGUUCCUUCGGAGGAAAAACUCCACCAGUUGAAAUCGUUGAUGCGAUCCAUGGCGGAUAGUGGUUUUCGACCAAGCGACAAAAUGGAAACCGAUCUCCAGGACAUCCUUCGAACACAAGGGGGUGAAGAGCAUUGACGUGUUUCGUCCAACCAACCCAGGUCGAGAUAUUAGAGUAUAUUUUGUCUUUUGGAUCCGUCCGAGCACAAUUGGACUAGCUGAUCUCUUUGGAAAAUGGUUGGAUGCUUUGCCUUUCUCCAAAAAUUUACACAAAGAUUUUCAAAGCAGCCAUUCAGUCUCUUUCCUUAUGGCUCAAAACAUAGAAUAGACCGAAAGACAGGAAUGAAUUGUAACGAUCUACUCGCGAAUCUUCAUUUUUAAUAUAUACUUCUAUUACAA